ACGUAACAAACACGCUACGUAACAGCUGAGAGGCGAUAACAACAGGCCCGAUAGUUCGCGCUCGCUUUCCAACACUGGAAUGCUCAGUGUGAGCAACCCUGCCUUGCUGUGCAUAGUCAGCCGACAUAUAGACAUCCCGCUCACACGCACGGUCUCAGCCGAGAGUGCUUUGCCCUCAUUUAAGUGUGGUUAAGAGUGUACAGCGUGCGUCACGCUCACACGUCGCGAGUACAAUUUUUGUGUGGACGUCCAGUGUGUGGCUGUGGGAAAAGCUGAAGAAAAUUGCAUUUUUUGCAUAAUGCGCGACGUGAAAAGCUAACAAAAGUUGUGCUAAAUCAAAAUUCAAUAGUCUGGCCACGGUUUGUGCGUAAGAGCAGGCGGCGCGAUCGUGUUUGGUGCACAAAAACCACGUCUCGAAAAGUCAAGAAUUCUACGUGCACACAUUUUUUUGGGCUGCCAUAUAUAAAAAAAACGCAUACAAACGCAUUUUCUUGCUGUAUAGCGAAGCAGCACACAUUCACACACAGGCCGAGGAGCACACACACACACGCAUACAAUUGCACUCACGAGAUAUGCGAGCAUAAAGAAGAAUUUUUUCUUAGUUGUAUUACAAGAGCAUUAGAUACAUAUAUAAUAAGUAUAUAAAUAAACAUAUAUACACCCCUAGGUGUGUACACAAAAAUACAUACAUAUAAUUAAACGAAAGCUGUGCCUACAUUUGUGUUCUUUUCCAAUACUAAAUAACAACAGAAACAACAAUAAUAACAAAAUAAUGCAAAUCAAGAAAGAGAGAGAAAGAGAGACGAGAUAAUACCCACUUGUCUGUUGCUAAUUCCAAUUUAUAUAAAUACGCCUUCGCCACGCCCACGCGCAACAACAAACAACAAAUGCAAAAUCUACCAAACGAAUAAAACUUUAAACUACUUUAAAGUGUGAUAAGCAAAAGGCUGAAAUCAAAAACAAAAUACAAAAACUAUAAAUAAUUAGUAGAAAAACCAAAAGCAAAAGCAACAACAACAACCACAACAAAGAAAACAACAAUCAAUUACAUUUUACACCAAAACACGAAACAUCAAAAGCGAAAAACACGAGCCAACCUUUUAUACAUUAAAUAUUUUUCUUAAAACAAACCUAACUUAGUGCAAAAACAUGUAUCCAGUCGGACAACAGUCACAGUGGACCCCCUCGCCCACUCGGCCUCAGAGUCCCUCUCAGGCGCAGACUAGCUUCGACACGCUCACAUCACCACCAGCGCCCGGCUCGUCGGUCAAUCCCACCGCAGUCACUAGCCCAAGUGCCCAGAAUGUGGCCGCUGGUGGAGCAACUGUGGCUGGUGCAGCUGCAACCGCUGCCCAGGUGGCCUCCGCCUUGGGCGCCACCACCGGCAGCGUGACACCAGCGAUUGCAACUGCCACGCCAGCCACUCAGCCGGAUAUGCCCGUUUUCACGUGCCCACGCCGCCCGAAUCUCGGACGAGAAGGACGUCCGAUUGUGCUCCGGGCCAAUCACUUCCAGGUGACAAUGCCGCGUGGCUAUGUUCACCACUACGACAUCAACAUUCAGCCAGACAAGUGUCCGCGAAAGGUCAACCGUGAAAUUAUCGAGACCAUGGUGCAUGCUUACAGCAAGAUCUUCGGCGUGCUCAAGCCGGUGUUUGAUGGUCGCAACAAUCUCUACACCCGCGAUCCAUUGCCCAUUGGCAACGAACGUCUGGAGUUGGAAGUGACUCUGCCCGGCGAGGGAAAGGAUCGCAUCUUUCGCGUUACGAUCAAGUGGCAGGCUCAGGUCUCGCUAUUUAAUCUGGAGGAGGCUCUGGAAGGCCGUACCCGGCAGAUACCCUACGACGCCAUUCUCGCCCUGGACGUGGUCAUGCGUCAUCUGCCCAGUAUGACGUACACGCCGGUAGGACGCAGCUUCUUCAGCUCUCCCGAUGGUUAUUACCAUCCCUUGGGUGGCGGUCGCGAGGUGUGGUUCGGUUUCCAUCAGAGCGUUAGGCCCUCGCAGUGGAAGAUGAUGCUCAACAUUGAUGUCUCGGCCACCGCUUUUUACAAGGCUCAACCUGUCAUUGACUUUAUGUGCGAGGUGCUGGACAUUCGCGACAUCAACGAGCAGCGCAAACCGCUCACUGACUCCCAGCGCGUCAAGUUCACCAAGGAGAUAAAGGGCCUGAAGAUCGAAAUUACCCACUGCGGCCAGAUGCGUCGCAAGUAUCGUGUGUGCAACGUCACCCGGCGUCCCGCACAGAUGCAAUCUUUCCCACUGCAGCUGGAGAACGGACAGACCGUAGAGUGCACCGUGGCCAAGUAUUUCCUGGACAAGUACCGCAUGAAGCUGCGAUAUCCGCAUUUGCCCUGCCUUCAGGUGGGACAGGAGCACAAACACACCUAUCUGCCCCUGGAAGUGUGCAACAUUGUGGCCGGGCAGCGGUGCAUCAAGAAGCUGACCGAUAUGCAGACCUCGACCAUGAUCAAGGCCACCGCCCGUUCAGCUCCGGAUCGCGAGCGUGAGAUUAACAAUUUGGUCAAGCGGGCCGACUUCAACAACGACUCGUAUGUGCAGGAGUUCGGCCUGACCAUUUCCAAUUCGAUGAUGGAGGUGCGAGGACGCGUUUUGCCGCCGCCAAAGCUUCAGUAUGGGGGACGUGUGUCAACCGGGAUCACCGGCCAGCAACUGUUUCCGCCACAGAACAAGGUGAGCUUGGCUUCGCCCAACCAGGGUGUAUGGGAUAUGCGAGGCAAGCAGUUCUUCACCGGCGUGGAGAUUCGUAUCUGGGCCAUCGCCUGCUUUGCUCCCCAGCGCACUGUGCGCGAAGACGCGCUGCGUAACUUUACCCAGCAACUGCAGAAGAUCUCAAACGAUGCCGGCAUGCCGAUCAUUGGCCAGCCGUGCUUCUGCAAAUACGCCACUGGGCCGGAUCAGGUGGAGCCGAUGUUCCGCUACCUGAAAAUUACCUUUCCGGGGCUGCAGCUCGUCGUGGUGGUGCUACCGGGCAAGACUCCGGUUUAUGCAGAGGUAAAGCGCGUGGGAGACACCGUCCUGGGCAUGGCUACCCAGUGUGUGCAGGCCAAAAAUGUGAACAAGACGUCGCCGCAGACGCUGUCAAAUCUUUGCCUUAAGAUCAACGUUAAGUUGGGCGGCAUCAAUUCGAUCCUCGUGCCGUCCAUCAGGCCGAAGGUUUUCAACGAACCGGUCAUUUUCUUGGGUGCUGAUGUAACACACCCACCGGCUGGCGACAACAAAAAACCAUCGAUUGCCGCCGUCGUGGGCUCAAUGGAUGCCCAUCCGUCUCGCUACGCCGCUACCGUUCGGGUGCAACAGCACCGCCAAGAAAUUAUCCAGGAGCUGAGCAGCAUGGUGCGCGAACUUCUGAUCAUGUUCUACAAGUCAACAGGCGGCUAUAAGCCCCACCGCAUCAUUCUCUAUCGCGACGGUGUCUCCGAGGGUCAGUUCCCGCAUGUUCUGCAGCACGAGUUGACCGCCAUUCGGGAGGCCUGCAUCAAGCUGGAGCCCGAAUACCGGCCAGGCAUCACGUUCAUUGUGGUGCAGAAGCGCCAUCACACGCGUCUGUUCUGCGCCGAGAAGAAGGAGCAGAGCGGCAAGUCGGGCAACAUUCCCGCAGGCACCACCGUCGAUGUGGGCAUCACACAUCCCACCGAAUUCGAUUUCUAUCUGUGCAGCCAUCAGGGCAUCCAGGGCACCAGUCGUCCGUCUCACUACCACGUGCUGUGGGACGACAAUCACUUUGACUCGGACGAGCUGCAGUGCCUCACGUACCAGCUGUGCCACACCUACGUGCGGUGCACCCGCUCCGUCAGCAUACCGGCGCCAGCCUACUACGCCCAUUUAGUGGCCUUCCGUGCCAGAUACCAUCUGGUGGAAAAGGAGCACGACUCCGGCGAAGGUUCGCACCAGAGCGGCUGCUCCGAGGAUCGCACGCCAGGCGCCAUGGCCAGAGCCAUCACUGUGCACGCCGACACCAAGAAGGUCAUGUACUUUGCCUAAAAAGUAUCACCCCAUAUACCAACACCAAAAAGCUAAGGAAUACAAAAUCAGUUUCGAAAUUCGAUUCGAAUAAGCUACUCCCCCCCACUUCCUUCCCUCAGAUCAGCAAGCGGAUGAAAGCCAACCCUAGAAAUAUAGAUUUAAGCUACAUUUUACGUUGAGACAGCGCGAUGGGAGGUUAACCAACGAGAAUACGAAGAUCUUGCAUGCAUUAGUUAUUUAGUAAGCGAAAGAAAAUCCCACAAAGACAGAAAAACACCACUCAUCCACACACAACGCAGAAAGCACACAGUGAGAAAUUGUAGGAAUAGGCAAUCGAAUGUUAUGCACAAGUUUGCGCAACCGAAGAAAAAUAAACGAACCCGAAAGUGAAAUGUGAGAAUUCUCAAAAACAAGCGUAGCAAACAAAUUGAAAGCAAAUAGUAAAUCAACUAAAGGGAACAAAAACUACGACAGCAACACCAACCAACAUCAGAUAACAACAAAAAUAAAAAAAAAAAAAAAAAAAGGAAUAGCGACACUAACACGAGAGAGACAACUCGUGUAAUAGCAAUUACGGUUACAUUGUACAAUAUAUUUUUACACGAUACGAAAAGAAGACAUGAUGAAUGAAUAUGAAUGAAUGCAUACAACCAAAGGUUUUUAGUAUACAAAAUGAAUACGUUGCUGAUCGACUCACACAGCAAACACGACAAGAACACCAACCACUCGGAUUCUCUGUACUGUGAACGAAGACCACCACCAAAUUAUAAACAAAAACCACAAGCGACAUUAUAGCGACAAGCAUUGAAAGAGUGUAAACACAACUUAGCAUGUAUGUACUAAUGAAAUACUUCAAUAACUGGGGCGCAGAUUAAACCAAGCAAGAACAUUUAAUAGUUUGUAAGUUGGGCUCUACUAAAAAUCAGAUAAUGCCAGAUCAGAUCAGAUUAACAGAGUCGAUAAGAGCGCGGCGAAAUAACGAGAACUGCAAUUUCAACAAGGGACAAACUUUUGGUCAAAACAAUAGCUAUACUUAUAGAGUGGAGCCUAAUAUAUAAAUACCUAAGCCUAGAUCUAACAUUUCAAGUUUUUACAAAACAAAAAACGCGGAAUGGAACUGUAACAAGAUAGGAAUACUUGAAUUCAAAAGUGCAAAUAAUGCGGUAGCAGUUACGUUGGCAGUGCUGAUAUUUUAUGUAUAUCUUUAGUUUACCCUCUUGUAUGCACACACAAUCAGACUCCGAACUUCUCCCCUCCCCGAGUCCAAGGCAUAUCACUCAAUGUCCUUUUAUUUAUGUACCUCCUACACUUAGCCUAACGAUAUUUAGUUGUAUCUUAUCAUUUUUUUAAAAGCGUAACGAAAUUUGUUGAUUUCUUCAUGUUGAUUCUUCGAAUGGAAAAACGUCGCGAACAUGCCUGUUUUUCAUUGUAAUUUCGUAUUAAUUAACUUUAGAGCAAAGUGGUGUACGGGUAAUAUAAACAAGGUAACUCUUAUCCACCGUCCCCCGGAGAGAGGUGGCAACUACAUUUCAAUAUUUUACAAAGUAGUUUUAGUUUCGUCAAAAUCAACAAGCAAAAACAAACAAACAAACAAACAAUAUCAAUAUGAAACGUAUGCUUAAUAUUUGUACUAUAUCGAGGACACAGUUCAAGUUAACAUUAUGAUGAGUUGUUAUUUAUGCGGUGCGGGUGAGGACGAUCUUCUCUGAUUCCCCGGGCCGAACCUUAUUUAUACUUGUGUACAUCCUUCACAGAUCCUUUAAUUUAGAUUUAGUUACCAAGUUUGCAAGCUGUUUUGCCAAUCGUACAUAAUGUGAGCAUUAUAAAAUACAUAAUAUUUAAAUCUAUAUGCUUAUAUUAAAUCAUUUACGGCACUUACAAAUUAGUUGAUAAUCCUCCAAAAAUAAAAAUACAAAAAAUAAAGUGAGGGAAUACCACAGCCCGCCAAAAUGUUAAAUUGAACUUUCAGAAAUUUCUUUAAUUUUCUGCAAAAUAUACAAAAUUGGAUCUUUCAAACCUACUAGACAUCAAAUAAUGAUAUAUUAAUAAAAUAUUUGUAUCUUUUAAAAACAUUGUUCUAACUGUUUAGAAGAAAGAAACUUAAUUUUAUUAUUUUUUUUACAAAAGCUUAUGUUUCGAUUUCGGUUCUUAAAUCCAGUACUCUAAUAAACUAAAUAUCUCAGCUGCGAAUAUUCUUUCAUAUUUAACUAGUCUUUUAACCGAGGCUUACCAUAGUGGUAAAAACUAUACCUGAGAUAGAUAGCUUACUUAAGUACUGCAUUUAAAAAUAAACAACAUUUUGUGGGGCUGUGCAAUUAAAGUGGGGGCGUAUUUGUUGACUUCUUAAAUUGUAACUGUUCACUUUCCAUUUGUUUUUUGUAGUUUAUACACAAGGGAUUACAAUUUUAAAUUUAUUUCUUAAUAUUUACUUAAAGCAACCCGAAGCAAAAAACAAACCAACCAAUUUUAGUUCUAAGCAAAAAACGAAAAUAAUCAAUGCAAAGGAGUUCGCGAUCCGGGGCUCGAUAAGAGAUCGCCUAGACAGAACCAACAUUUACAUUAUCUAUUCAAUUAGUUUAAGCUGAAGCUGAAAUGUGUGCCGACAAUGAAUGCAUCUCGUAGUUGUAAAAUGAGCGAAAUAUUAUAUUCAACAAUAAUUUACUUUACCAACACAAUACAUGAGAAAUGUCCAAAGCUUUAACUACUCGCAAAAUUAGAAGCGGAAUAUUGACGGAAAAACCACUAAUCACUAAAUGAAAAUGCCAAUAAAAAGCUGUUAUCUCCCAUCCAAAACAAUGGGCCUUACGGUUGUCCCUAUAUACACGCGUAAAUAUAUAUAUAGCAAACUGGAAAACUCCAAUUUUCCCCAAGAAACUCACAGACACUAAAAUUUCAAUGGUUUCUUCAGUAUCGUGCAGCUAAAAAAUGUUUAAGGAGAAGGUUGGAGAACUGGGAACGCCUUAAAUAUCAUUUUCAACCUAUGUUCUGCUCAGAGUCAAGGCCCAAAAUCAAGACAAAAUGCCGGGAUAUCCACAUGGGAACUUACAUUUUUAUCUGUCAAAAUUCAAUUGAGCUUUAAACUAAAGGUAGAUCGAGAAAAAUAUGAAAAAAAUUAAACAAAAAAAACAAGGCAAGAAGAUAAGUAAGAAAAAUAAUUGGGGUCGCAUUGUUUUUACAUAUUACUUAUAAAUGUGCCGUUUAUAGAUGUCUACAAUUAUAUACAACAAAUAUAGAUAUAUACCUAGAUAUAUAAUCAGAUCUAAAUCGAAGCUAAACAGCAAUUUGCACAACUCUUCCUAAAGGAAAUAAAAAAUACAAAUCUAAAUCUAACAAUAAAAUUAUAUGCCACAAUUACCGAGAUUUCAAGAAGUGACGGACUAACUCCAAGCAAUUAUAAACGUUACAUUUGAAUAACUAACUUAUGAUAUGUGUGUACUCUAUACUCUUCCAAUUAGUCCCGAGUCCUACCCACUAAAACCCAGCCCACACGCGCGGUCCCCAUAGCCACACAACGUAUUGUUCCCAAUACGAAUCAGAUCGGACAACCCUUAGCUGAAAUUGGACUAGAAAAAUCAAUACGAUAAUACCACUUAUACGUGCGUUUAGAUUAAAGAGAUCAUCUGGUAUACAUCCCUUACUUUAAAAAUCAACCAAAAUGCCGGGUAAUUAAUCAAUAAAAUACAUAUUAUUAGUUCUAAUCUAAGCGAAGUAAACAAAAACAUCAACAUAUUGAUAAAAAUAAAAAUAUAAAUAAAAAGCAACGUGAGCAACGUAAUAUGGGAAAUCUGUAACUUUGGUGAUCUUUUUAAAUGUUAUUAGUAAAACAAAACAAAAAUCAAGUUUAAUGAGAAAUACAAAUCAAACCAGUUUUAAAUGUGACUUAAAUACGACGUAAACGACAUUUUUCCACAAAAUUAUAUAUGUGACAAAACAAAACCAAAAUCAGAGUUUGUGACAUAUGCAAUUUAAUGAAAGUUGAUGAUCUUUUCGAUAGAAUUAUGUAAAGCUGUCUAACAACUAGUUCUAAGCGCUUCAAUACAAAUACCAUUUAACAAAAAUCAACAAACUCAAUUAAGUUAAAGAAAACACAAUUACAUUUAACAAAAAGUAUAUGUUUUAUACAAAUUACAUUUAUUUUUAUCAAGUUUAGCGGCUUUGUUUUAAAUUUGAGUUUUAAGCAUUAAAACCAAACCAACCAUUACAAAACAAAAUUAUUUCAGUUUGCGUUUCAAAUAAGAAAACAGCAUAUACAAUUCAUUUUUGUUCAAUAAAAAUAUAUUUAACUAAAAA